AUCUUUGCCUUUAUGAUCCAAGACACCUAUCAGAAAAGAUACUGUGAAAUGACUAAAGGAAAAAGGCAAUUAGCCACUGGCCAGCUAGAAAACAACUAAGCAAAAACUACGAGCCCCAUUCAUUAAACCACACCCAAUAUAUACCCAAUCAAUCUGACAUGUUUUCUCCUCACAUGUCCACAAAACAUGGCACUUUGGCAACAAAAGCUAGGCUUCUCAUAUCUACUAAUCCUUUGCUUAGCCACUGUGGUUUCUUCACACAACAGACCUUUUACAGUUCCAACUGUCACACGCUUGACGGAUUCUUUUCCUACUGUCCCAAUUGAUCAAGCUUUUUCUAAGGCCUUUGGGGCCUCCAAUGUCCAGUUUCUCAGCAAUGGGUCCACGGCCACACUGGCUCUCGACAAACUCUCAGGUUCCGGCUUGGUGUCACAAAGAAGAUACUACUAUGGAUUCUUCAGUGCUGCAAUCAAAUUGCCCUCUGGUUUGUCACCUGGAGUUGUUGUUGCUUUUUAUGUNCUUUGGAUCUUUGCCUUUAUGAUCCAAGACACCUAUCAGAAAAGAUACUGUGAAAUGACUAAAGGAAAAAGGCAAUUAGCCACUGGCCAGCUAGAAAACAACUAA